GAGGGGGGGGUUGCAGAGAAUCUUUAUCCAUGCCCUGCAUCAUUGCGUUGUGAGCAGAGAGGACACAGUGAGGUGACAAGCCCAGGAGAGAGACACAUCACAUACACUGGAGAUGAGAAUGCCGUCUCUAUUCUUUUCCCUUUCCAUCUCUCUACUCCUCUUCUCGCUCGCAAGGGGAUCCCGAGACAGAUGCCUUCCGGGCAGGACACCUAAUCUGCUUCCCAGAGCAGAAGCAAAUUUGCUAGAGUGCCAGCAAUACUCAGAAAAAGCCUGUUGUACUCAAGAGCAGAUAAAUGCCCACCCAAUCACAAGCUUCCCAUGGGGUCUUUGCGGGCCACUCAGUUCCAGCUGUGAGAAGUACGUGAGCCAGGUCCAGUGCAUGUAUCUCUGCUCCCCCCAUAUCUCUGCCUUUUGGGACCCGGACUCGGACACUGGCAUCCAUAACUUGCCUUUAUGCAGCGGAUUCUGUGACCAAUGGUUUGAGGCCUGCAAGGAUGAUUUAAUAUGCAAGCUGACUAAUGAGACCAUCCCAAGAUGCGCAGAUGCAUGUGUUCCCUACAAACAGAUGUUUAAGUCUGAAGGCAAAGAUCUUUGCAACGGCAUCUGGGGCAACUCUCUAGUAGCAUCGCCAGAGGGCUGUACCUGUGUCAAUCCCGUAGGAGAGGGAGAGAAUCAAGAGAACUUCCACGAAAGAACUUCCGGCAUCCAGUGUCCUAAAAAGCCAAGGAAUUUCAUAUCCAAGAGGCGUGCGAGGAGGGAUACCAGCAGUGAUGUGCUGCCCCUGCAGGACGUGGAGGGAAGCGGAAGUGGAUUCUGAGUGAGAUGACAGUUGGCACCUAUCUCCGCUCCAUUUUGCAAAUUCCCAUGAUAAUACCCAAUGCAUUCAUGGUUCCCACCGCACCAUUUAUACUUAGGCUCCCACACCACAAGUUCAAGCGUUUCCAACUAGAGUCUCAUUGGGAUUUCCCAGCAAGCACAAGCAAUCCUGGCACAGAAACACAAGCCAAGCUUAAAGGGAUACUGUCAUGGGAAAACAUGUUUUUAUCAAGUUAAUUGUGUUGCUCCAGCAGAAUUCUGCACUGAGAUCCAUUUCUCAAAAGAGCAAUCAGAUUUUUUUUAAUAUUUAAUUUUGAAAUCUGACCUGGGGCUAGACAUAUUGUCAGUUUCCCAGCUGCCCCCAGUCAUGUGACUUGAUAAACUUCAAUCACUCUUUACUGCUGUACUGCAAGUUGGAGGGAUAUCCCCCCCCCCCAGCAGCC